AUGCAAGACCAAAAGGAUUGGUCAAAACGACAUCCCUCGGGAAUACCUUCACAUCCAGUAGAUGGGGAUCAAAAUGGCAGUAAAAAAACCGGUGUUGUUGAUCCUUCAUCUUUGGACUUGUCGAGAUUACUGGAGAAGCCAAGGGCGUUGAUUAUGGAGAGACAGAGAUCAUGUGAUGAGAGGUCACUAAGUCUAAGUGAAUUAACAACGUUUUCCCUGUCUCCUACUCGUCAAAUGAAGAACACCGAGAGCAUUUUCCGCAUCAUGGAUCAUAGCGACGCUGUUUGGUCGCCUGGUAAGAAAUCUGGAUUAAAUACGCCAAGGUCUAGCAAUGACUUUGAACCACACCCCCUUAUUGGGGAAGCUUGGGAGAGUCUGAGGCGUUCCUUGGUCUACUUCCGUGGUGCACCUGUAGGAACAAUUGCAGCUGUCGACAACUCUGAGGAAAAACUCAACUACGAUCAGGUAAGGAAUAGUUGUUUUUUUUUGGCUUAUCUGCAAGGUUUUAAUGGGUUAGGGGACUCUGAUCAGGUGUUUGUGAGGGACUUUGUCCCGAGUGGGCUGGCAUUUCUGAUGAACGGGGAACCUGAGAUUGUAAAGAAUUUCUUAUUAAAAACUCUCCGACUACAAUCAUGGGAGAAGAAGAUCGACCAGUUUCACUUGGGGGAAGGUGUGAUGCCUGCGAGUUUUAAGGUACUUCAUGAUCCUGUUAAGAACAUUGAAACAAUAAUGGCUGAUUUUGGUGAGAGUGCAAUAGGGCGAGUUGCCCCUGUUGAUUCUGGCUUUUGGUGGAUCAUAUUGCUCCGGGCAUAUACAAAGUCUACAGGAGACUUGUCAUUGGCUGAACAGCCUGAGUGCCAGAAGGGUAUGCGCCUCAUUUUGAGUUUAUGCCUUUCAGAAGGAUUCGACACAUUUCCUACCCUUCUUUGUGCCGAUGGUUGCAGUAUGAUUGAUCGCAGAAUGGGAGUUUAUGGAUAUCCAAUUGAAAUACAAUCACUAUUCUUCAUGGCAUUGAGAUGUGCUCAGCAUUUACUCAAGCAUGAUUCUCAAGGAAAGGAGAUGGGAGAGCGGAUAGACAAACGUCUCAAUGCCUUAAGCUACCAUAUGAGAACUUACUUUUGGCUCGACUUGAAGGGACUAAACGAUAUAUACAGAUACAAGACAGAGGAGUAUUCACAUACCGCGGUCAACAAGUUCAAUGUUAUGCCUGAUUCUCUUCCCGAAUGGGUAUUUGACUUUAUGCCAGUAAACGGCGGUUACUUCAUCGGUAACGUUGGUCCUUCCAACAACGAUUUCCGUUGGUUUUGUCUCGGAAAUUGCAUUGCCAUCCUUUCAUCAUUGGCCACAGUGGAACAAUCUCAUGCAAUUGUUGAUCUAUUAGAAUCACAUUGGGAAGAACUCAUUGGGGAAAUGCCUGUAAAGGUUUGUUACCCGGCUUUGGAAAACCACGAGUGGCGGAUUGUAACUGGUUGUGAUCCGAAAAACACCAGAUGGAGUUACCACAAUGGGGGAUCUUGGCCAGUGCUGUUAUGGGUCCUUACGGCAGCUUGUAUCAAGAUAGGAAGGCCGCAAGUGGCCAGACGAGCCAUUGAGCUGGCAGAGAGUAGGUUGUUGGAAGAUGGCUGGCCUGAGUAUUAUGACGGCAAGACUGGACGAUAUGUGGGGAAGCAGGCACGCAAAUACCAGACCUGGUCGAUAGCUGGUUACUUAGUGGCUAAGAUGAUGCUGGAAGACCCAACUCAUUUGGGCAUGGUUUCUCUGGAAGACAAACAGAUUAAGGCUCCAAUGAAAAGAUCAGCUUCCUGGACUUUCUAAUUCUACCUCACUAAUCUCUCCACUUUCAUUUAUGAAUUUCACACAAUCAUUUUCCAGAAUUACUACUAUUUUGUA